AAUUUAAGAUCUGUAGCAUUGCUAGGUUCCACUUUUCCAAUGGAAGCAACAAAGGGGGUUCAUUUUGAAGAUUUCUUGCCGAUAAUAGCGGAAAAGUUAGGAGGUGAAGGGUUGAUCAGAGAGUUGUGCAACGGGUUUCAGUUGUUGAUGGACGGUGAUAAGGGACUCAUUACAUUUAAGAGCCUCAAGAGGAACUCUGCUUUUCUUGGGUUGCAAGAUUUGAGAGAUGAAGAGUUGGUGAAUAUGGUGAGAGAAGGAGAUUUGGACGGUGAUGGUGCUCUCAAUCAGAUGGAGUUUUGUGUUUUGAUGUUCAGAUUGAGUCCACAGUUGGUGAAUGGAGCUGAGAGAUUGUUAGAUGAAGCUCUUUUACAAGAUUUGAAGCAUAAGUGAUUUUCUUUUUUAUUUAUUUUUGUUUUGUUGGUGGUUGAAAAAUAUAUAUUCGAACUCAAGUAUGAUAAUGAAAUAGAAUCUCGAUCUUUUUCUA